CUGGUAUUGAACAAAAACGAAUACAGUCGUCUCUCUCGUCCUCUCAAAAUCUUCGCUUCCACAUGUGGGCUUGUUUGGUCCACUCGAAUCUAAUUAAACCACCCCACUUGUUUUAUUUUAUUUUUAUAAUAUUAAAAGUUUGUAUUUUUUUAAUACUUUUUUGGUUGUAAUUUUUCCAUACACUCAAAUCUCUCGGCGGAGAAAAAGAGUUAAGCUUUUUUUUUUCAUGUGUUAAAGCUUCAACCUUUACACAAGAGCUUUGAUAAUCCUUAAGUCAUUUUAGAGCUUAACUUGAUUCUGGGUUCUUGUGAGAGAAUGAUGACAUCGUGUCGGAAUAUAGACUUGGGUACGAGUGUGCUUGAUCUGAUCUCAUGUGGCUGUGGUCGUCGUCAGUUUCCCAAAACUGUUUGUAAGAUUGGUAUGACGAGAAGCUAUGGCGGCGGCGGGAAUCUGCUGUUUAUCCGGCGUGACGUGGGGAGGAGCUGCAAAGCUGUGCCGACAAAACCCCCAGAGAUUUCUUUGGUCAACGGAAUAGGUGAAGCAGCUAAAACGGUGAGUUUUGAUUUGAGGCAAGAGUCGUCAUCAAAGCAGCCUAUUUCAUUGGUGAAUCUGUUUGGGGUUGUAGCUGAUGAUCUUCAGACGUUGAAUGAUAAUCUUUUAUCGAUUGUUGGUGCAGAGAAUCCGGUUUUGAUAUCUGCAGCUGAGCAAAUCUUUGGAGCUGGUGGUAAAAGAAUGAGACCGGGCUUGGUGUUCCUCGUAUCACGAGCCACAGCAGAGUUAGCUGGCCUAAAGGAACUUACAAUGGAACAUCGGCGUUUAGGUGAGAUCAUUGAGAUGAUUCACACUGCAAGCUUGAUACAUGAUGAUGUGUUAGAUGAGAGUGAUAUGCGCAGAGGAAAGGAAACAGUUCACGAGCUUUUUGGCACGAGAGUAGCUGUACUAGCUGGUGAUUUCAUGUUUGCUCAAGCAUCAUGGUACUUAGCCAACCUCGAGAACCUCGAAGUUAUCAAGCUCAUAAGUCAGGUGAUCAAAGACUUUGCGAGCGGAGAGAUAAAGCAAGCAUCGAGUCUGUUCGACUGUGACGUUACUCUAGAAGACUACUUGCUCAAGAGUUACUACAAGACAGCCUCGUUGGUCGCCGCAAGCACCAAAGGAGCUGCCAUCUUCAGCAGAGUCGAUACCGAUGUCACAGAACAGAUGUACGAGUUUGGGAAGAAUCUUGGCCUCUCUUUCCAAGUGGUCGACGACAUUUUGGACUUCACUCAGUCGUCAGAGCAGCUAGGGAAGCCAGCAGGGAGUGAUUUGGCUAAAGGUAACUUAACCGCGCCUGUGAUUUUCGCUCUGGAGAAGGAGCCGAGGCUGAGAGAGAUCAUAGAGUCUGAGUUUUGCGAGGAGGGUUCUCUGGAAGAAGGGAUUGAGUUGGUGAGAGAAGGUGGAGGAAUCAGAAGAGCACAAGAGUUGGCUAGGGAGAAAGCUGAUGAUGCUUUGAAGAAUCUGCAGUGUUUGCCUCAGAGUGGCUUCAGGUUGGCUCUAGAAGAAAUGGUAAUGUUUAAUCUCGAAAGGAUCGAUUAGUUAGAAGAUAUGAUUAUUAUAGUACAGUAAAGCAAUACAGAGAUUUGUGUACACAUUAAUUGGCUGCAAUACAGAGAUUGUGUUGGCAGCAAUUGUCACUUGAAUUUCAAAAAGUAGUAACACACUUGGAAUCCAAGGAACCCCUUAUCUUCCUUGCUCA